GUCAAAGUGUUUUGAUGUGUUGUUUCAUUGAAUCUAUAAAAUAAGUAAAGGUGUUUACGAUUCAACCAAACAUUCUGUGAAAAAAAAAUUGUGAUUUUUUUUUCAGUUAUUUUUAUUGAAAAUGCCUUCACUUGAUACAGAAGAUACAUUGGAUCAGUUAAACGAUGACAAUCGAAAUGAAACCACACUCUCGGGCCCAAUUAUUGGAAUAAUUUAUCCACCACCAGAAGUUCGAAAUAUCGUUGAUAAAACCGCUAGCUUUGUUGCUAGAAAUGGACCGGAGUUCGAAGCGCGUAUUCGUCAAAACGAAUUGGGCAAUCCAAAAUUCAAUUUCUUGAAUUCAGGCGAUCCGUAUCAUGCCUACUAUCAACACAAAGUCAACGAAUUUCGUGAGGGAAGAUCGUCCGACGCUGCAUCAACUUUACCGGCAAGUGUGCAAAAAUUACAAGUUUCAUCGGCUGCACAUCAGAAGCAACAAGAACUGCUGAAACAAGUGGCCGAACAACAAUUUGUACCAAAAGAACCACCAGCAGAACCGGAAUUCAUUGCUGAUCCACCAUCAAUUUCAGCACUCGAUUUGGAUAUUGUAAAGUUGACCGCUCAGUUUGUAGCGCGUAAUGGUCGUCAAUUUCUAACGAAUCUAAUGAAUCGUGAACAGCGCAAUUAUCAAUUUGACUUUUUACGGCCACAGCAUUCGCUUUUCCAAUAUUUUACUAAACUGCUAGAACAGUAUACUAAAAUAUUGAUUCCACCAAAAGAUCUAAUGGCACGUUUGAAAACCGAGAGUGUACUGGGACGUGAAAGUUCAAUUACAGUUCUCGAUCAAGUUAAAUAUCGGGCCAAUUGGCAACGACAUCAAGAAGCCCAACGAAAGCGAGAAGAGGAGAAAAUUGAGCGUGAACGAGUUGCAUACGCUCAAAUAGAUUGGCAUGAUUUUGUAGUAGUUGAAACAGUUGAUUAUCAACCAUUUGAAACUGGCAAUUUCCCACCGCCAACAACUGCCACCGAAGUUGGUGCAAGAGUUCUCAUGGAAGAACGAAUGUUAGAAGAAGAUGGCGACAUUGAGAUGCAGAUUGAGUCAGAUGAGGGUAGUGACGGUGAAGGUCCCGGUACAAUUAAACUAUCAACAAUGGAGAGUCGUAUUGGAAUGCAAAUGCCAGCCGCAAUUCGAAAAGAUAACAUUCAAGUUCAAGAUAUGGACGAAGCGUCAAGUGAUGAGGAAUCGGCUCAAGAAAAAAUGCCGACGGCACCGAUUGUACCAUUAUUACCGCCAACCCAUGAUAAAGUUGUUAUCAAGAAAUAUGAUCCCAAACAAGCACAAAAACCAAUCGUUAAAGCACCAGCACAAGAUGAAUAUCUCAUCUCUCCAAUUACGGGCGAAAAAAUUCCAGCCUCAAAAAUGGCCGAGCACAUGCGCAUUGGUCUACUCGAUCCAAGAUGGAUUGAACAACGUGACAAACAUACCGUUGAAAAACUUAAUCAAGACAAUGUUUUUGCUGUUGGCACAGCUAUUGAGGCAAGUUUGAAGCAAUUGGCAGAACGUCGUACCGAUAUUUUUGGUGUUGGCGAUGAAGAAACGGUGAUUGGUAAAAAAUUGGGUGAAGAGGAAACCCGAAAAGAUGAACGUGUUACAUGGGAUGGUCAUACGUCAUCAGUUGAGGCUGCAACGCGAGCAGCAAGAGCUAACAUUACCUUAGAAGAUCAAAUUCAUCAAAUUCAUAAGGUGAAAGGUCUGUUGCCUGAUGAAGAAAAGGAAAAAAUUGGACCGAAACCAGUUAUUGGUGGUGGACCGGGCACAAGUAAAAUGACCAAUACCAAUGUUUCGGCCGUUCCAAUGCCGCCACAAGCUCAACAACCCCCGGCACAACCGCCAGUUCAAUCGGCUAUGCCAAUUCCACCACCAAUGAUGAUGCCACCCAUGAGACCACCAAUGAUGCCAUCAUUUCCUGGUUAUCAACAUCCCAUUCCACCACUUGUUCCGGGCGGACAUCCUCCAGCCAAUUUCCCGCAACCAUCACAGCCACCUGUACAAAGUACUCCAAUGAACUUCAUGAUGGAACCACCUGUACCACAAGCCGAUGACGAGCCACCGAAUAAGAAACAACGAUCCGAAGACAAUUUAGUGCCGGAAUCAGAAUUUAUGGCCAUACACAAAGGUCCAGUGUCAUUGCAAGUUCAAGCACCAAGCGGUGUUGAUAAGCCUGAAUGGCGUCUUAAUGGCCAGAUUAUCUCAAUCACACUAUCGCUAAAUGACACAAUUUCGACAUUGAAAUCAAAAAUUCAAGAAGAAACCAGUUUACCGCCAGCAAAGCAAAAAAUUUCGUAUGAGGGCAUGUUUUUCAAAGAUAACAAUACAAUUGCAUUCUAUAAUCUAUUGAGCGGUACAACAGUUCAACUACAAAUCAAAGAACGUGGUGGUCGCAAGAAAUAAAUAUAAAAUAAAAUAAACGAUUAAUCAAUUCAAGUCAAAAAAUUUGUAUCCCCCAUUUUGAUUUUAUUUUUUAACAAUGUUUUGUGCAUUUACAUAAAUACAGAUACAUAAAUAAUUUUUUUUUCUCAUAUCAAA